AUGGGAUUGUUCAAUGUCACCCGCCCUGCUUCCUUUCUCCUAACUGGAAUCCCUGGGCUGGAGAGUUUUCAUUCCUGGCUGGCGGGGCCCCUCUGUGUGAUGUAUGCUGUGGCCCUCGGGGGCAACACGGUGAUCCUGCAGGCCGUGCGCCUGGAGCCCAACCUCCAUCAACCCAUGUACUACUUCCUAUCUAUGCUGUCCUUCAGUGACGUGGCCAUGUCCCUGGCCACUCUACCUACCGUGCUCAGAACCUUCUGCCUCAAUGCCCGCAGCAUUGCUUUCGAUGCCUGCCUAGUGCAAAUGUUUCUCAUUCAUUCCUUCUCCAUGAUGGAAUCAGGUAUCCUGCUGGCCAUGAGCUUUGACCGCUACGUGGCCAUUUGUGACCCUCUGCACUAUGCUACCGUGCUUACGAAUGGUGUCAUUGCGGGGAUGGGUUUGGCUGUGACUGCUCGGAGCUUCGUCACCCUCUUCCCCCUUCCCUUCCUCAUUAAGAGGCUGCCUAUCUGCAAAUCCAAUGUUCUUUCUCACUCCUACUGCCUCCACCCUGAUAUGAUGAAGCUGGCCUGCGCCGAUAUCACCAUCAACAGCAUCUACGGCCUCUUCGUUCUCGUGUCCACCUUUGGCAUGGAUCUCAUUUUCAUUUUUCUCUCCUACGUGCUCAUCCUGCGCUCUGUCAUGGCCAUUGCAUCCCGGGAGGAACGCCACAAAGCUCUCAACACGUGUGUGUCACACAUCCUGGCUGUGCUUGCAUUCUAUGUGCCAAUGAUCGGGGUCUCCGCAGUGCACCGCUUUGGGAAGCACGCGCCACGCUACGUCCAUGUUCUCAUGUCCAAUAUUUACCUCUUUGUACCCCCGGUACUUAACCCUCUCAUUUACAGCGCCAAGACCAAGGAGAUCCGCCGAGCCAUUGUGCGCAUGUUUCGCCGCAUCAAAACGUGA